AUUUAUCUUGUGAAGUGAUACCAUUAUGUAAUAAUGUUGCACGUGGUUGUCUUGUUUCUUACUGUUACUUCAUACGACGGUCGUGCAUAUGUAAAAUAGUAUUAAAUUAUUAAAACUGAAUACUAUUUCAAAUGAUUACUGUGAUUAUUUUAUGUGACAACAUCGUUUUAUAAUGUUUAUAAAUUCUCAAUUAAACAAUGAUUCUCAAUUUGUCAAUUAAAACGAAACGCCGGAUGAAAUCGUGAGCUAAAUUUCAAGCCGUACAAUCACUCUUCAACAAUAUUAAUGUAGUUAAAAGAUACUAUAUGUUAAGAGAUGUUGAGCGAAAAAAAUACAAAUGACUUGUGUAAAACCGAUAUUGUCCUCACAUCACUUAUCUCAGGUGCUUUCGCAGCAACCCUUUGUGACUUCCUAUCUUUUCCUCUGGAUACGAUUAAAACACGAUUACAAAGCCAAAGUGGUUUUAUGAAAUCCGGCGGAUUUAGAAAUCUAUACAAUGGUUUAGCUCCUGUAAUGAUGGGGACAGGACCAACGGCUGUUUUAUUUUUUAUGACUUACGAAGGUCUAAAAGUAGUGACCGAACCUAAUGUACCUGAGCAAUAUCAUUCUUUAAUUCAUAUAACAGGCGCAUCAAUAGGAGAAGUGGCUGCAUGCAUUAUUCGAGUCCCAGUAGAAGUAGUGAAACAAAGGAGACAAGCGUUUAUAGCAGAUAAUGAAAAAUUGGGAUUAAAAACGUUGUACCGUGGCUUCGGAAGCACUGUGAUGCGAGAUAUGCCGUUCUGCUUCAUUCAGAUGCCACUUUGGGAAUUUUUUAAACUUAAAUGGAAAACCGCCGUUGGUCGCGAAGUCACACCUGUGGAAGGUGCUAUCUGCGGGGCGGUAUCAGUCGCUAUAUCCGCGACUCUAACGAAUCCUUUAGACGUUGCGAAAACUAGAAUAAUGUUAUCGAGUACAACGGUGGGCAAAGAUGAAACGAGAAUUUCCGUAAUGCUAAAUAGGGUUUAUCGAGAAUACGGCAUUAAAGGACUCUUCGCAGGCUUUUUACCAAGAGUCGGUGGUUUCACUCUCAGCGGUUUUAUGUUUUUCGGUGUCUACGAGAAAGUUAGAGAACUUUGUGUAUCAAUUUUAUCAACUUAAUCAGACGAUGUGUCAAUAAAUAUAAAAUAACAAACAA